GCUAACAUGGCGGAGGCCGCGGGUUCUGCGACUCCCAGCCCGCGGGGGUGUGCGGACGGGAAGGAUGAGGCUUCUUUACUAGAGCCGGAGACUGUGGCGACGGCGAGGGACGACCCGGAGCACUUUGACUGCCAGGAACUGCUGGCGUGCCAGGUGCAGUUGGGGGUCGCAGAGGAAGAGGAGGAGGACGCGGACCUGGUGGCAGAAGCCGAGGCGGUGGCGGCGGGGUGGAUGCUCGACUUCCUCUGCCUCUCUCUUUGCCGGGCUUUCCGCGACGGCCGCUCGGAGGACUUCCACCGGGCCCGGGACAGCGCGGAAGCUAUUAUUCAUGGACUAUCCAGUCUUACAGCUUAUCAGUUGAGAACUAUAUAUAUUUGUCAGUUUUUGACAAGAAUUGCAGCAGGAAAAUCCCUUGAUGCUCAGUUUGAAAGUGAUGAACGUAUUACACCCUUGGAAUCAGCCCUGACAAUUUGGGCUUCAAUUGAAAAGGAACAUGACAAACUUCAUGAAGAAAUACAAAACUUAAUUAAAAUUCAGGCUGUAGCUGUUUGUAUGGAAAAUGGCAGUUUUAAGGAAGCAGAAGAAGUAUUUGAAAGAGUAUUUGGUGAUCCAGAUGCUCACACGGCUACCUGGACCGUGAUCCUCCUACUUGUGCUUCCUGGCAGAGCUGGAAUGAUAGGCUUGUCCCACUGUACACAGUCAUUGAUUGAGCCUUUAGGAAGGAAAUUGCUUAUGAUAAUCUCUCAGAAAGCUACAUUCCACUCCUUUUUGCAACAUUUCAGCUACAACCACAUGAUGGAGAAAAUAAAGAGUUACGUGAAUUACAUUCUAAAUGAAAAAUCAUCAACUUUUUUAAUGAAGGCAGCAGUAAAAGUAGUAGAAAGUGAAAAAGCAAGAAAAGCAAGAACAGUAAGUUCUCCAGAUAAAUCUAAUGGCAAUAAUGUUGAAAUGGAAACUGAAGUUAAUUCAGAUAAAGGAGAAAGUGUUAGUGACAAACAUUCUGCGGUACAUGAAUCCUCAGAGGGUACAGUGUCCUUAUUGAGGUCUCACAAGAAUCUCUUCUUAUCUAAGUUGAAACACGGAAGCAGGCAACAAGACUUUAGUAAGAAAGAAGAGAGAGUGGGAGCUCUUCCAAGUGAGUACUCUUACUGCAGUUUUAGAAAUGGAGAGAUGAUUUGUCCUCAAAAAUUAUCCCACCCUUUACCUCAUGACUACAACACAAAAGAAUACUUCAGGAAAUCAAAACAUAGUGGUUCAGUGUUUUGA